AUGAAAUCAAAAGGCGUAACGGCGGAGACGAAGAAUCCGAUCAAACCAAUCGGCAAAACCGGUGCCUCUUCCGGUCUCAACCUCGGCGUUAGGGGCAGAGCCUCUGUCUCACCCGGCGCUAAAGGCAAAGCUAUCGUCACCGACAACGUAGGGAAGGUUAUUACCUUCAAAGACGUGACAUUCGGGCCCCAUGAAGACGAGGUACGGUUUCGGUGGAUCCACUUUUGGGAGGCGUGGAAUGUUCAGACGAAGGUGCUUAUCGGCCUCGAAAUGCUUCUCAUCGAUGAAGAGGAAAGUGUUAUCCAGGGCUUCAUCCCCUAUGGAAGGAUUGAGACCUAUUUGCCUCACAUGAAAGCUUGUGCUACUUACAGACUCAGCAAGUUUUUCGGAUCAAAGAGCAAGACUAUUUACCGGGUAGCUGAGCCAAGUGUCACUAUUAGCUUCUCAUGGAACUCUGCCCUAUCUGUUCUCGAGGACAGUUCGAUCCGUAUCCCUGCGGAUCGGUUCCGUAUCCAUGGAUUCAGAGAGUUCGAUGCUUCUUCCGACUUGAUAGGUGAUCUUUAUGACUAUAUUGGCCACAUCAAACUUGUGAAUGGGAAGGUUCCCAGUGACAGUCUUCUGCUUGAUGAAGCAGAGAUAGCUGCAUCCCGCCGAGUAGAGCUUCUUGUUCAAACACAUGACGAUCCUGUGAUGAAGUUGUAUCUCUGGGACAAAGCUGCCUUUGAGUUCUAUGAAAAGUUUAAAGCAUCUGGAGGCACUGCACGUGUUAUCUUAGUCACCACCUUAAACCCGAAACGGUUUGGAGGCGUCCUAUCUCUAUCUGCCAUGGCGUCUUCACAGGUGUUCCUGGAUAGUGAUGUCCAAGAAACACUCUUCUACCUCAGUUGGCUGAACUCGAACUUGGAUGUUGCCAGCAGAGUUAAUGCAGAGGUGGUCACCAAGCCUGAGCCAGCGACUUUGGGAGAACUCUUCUCCUAUAUGAAUCAGGCAUCCGCUAAGUGCACAGCAACUAUUGAUGGUGUUGUGCACUGUUCUGGAUGGUAUUAUAUAGGCUGCGGUGUGUGCCAUACUAAGGCAACCAAAGGGCCCACAACGCUUAUGUGUAAGAAGUGUGGGAAGAGUGAAAUUAUUGGUGUAGCGCAGUCCCUGACAAAGCCCUCUGUGUAUGACCAUAAUGAUCAAGCCGUAUUUGUUGUCCUUGGUGAUGCUGGUGAGGAGUUGACUGGAAAGGAAGCCGCUGAAUUGGUUGAGAGAUACUACCAGGCCAAUGAUAGUGUUGGAGGGGAUCACAUAGUUCCAGUGCCUCAAGCUAUGAUUGAUACCAUUGGACAGACACGGAAGUUCAUUGUAAAGGUAUCAAAUCACAAUCUGACUGUCAAGACCCAGACUCUAACUGUGACAAAGGUGCUCCCACUCGAAGCCCCGAAACCCGAAGGCAACUUAAGAGAGAACGUUGGUGACGAAGCUGAUACUGAGAGGGAGGAUCAUGCAGAUGAGUCAAUGAAAAGGGGUGCUGAUGGGAUUGAGUCAGAAGGUGUGAAGCGUGCCAAAUGUGGCCAAUGA